AGCUGGCAGGGAGGAGAGGAGCUGGAACGUCGCAGACCCGCGAGGCUGCUCGCCUCGGCCCCACCCCCGCGGUGGGUCCCAGCCCCGCCUAUCCGGGUCCAGGCUGGCACUCUCGGCUGCUGGCGGUGCGACGUUGCAGUCCCAGCCCAAGGGUCGGACCUGCCGCCCCCUACCCUAGGCUUGGGGAUCCCCUCUCCCCCGCCCCCUCCUGCCGAUCGCCACCACCCCUAGCCUCUCCUGCUGAGCUCGGCGCCCCAGAGAGGAUUAACACCCAGGGAGGGAGGGAGCUCCCUUUACCCAAGGACGUGGCUGCCUGUGUGAAUAGCAGGGGCCACAAGCUGGGACACUCCUGAUGUCAGAAGUGAGUGGGCAGGUCGACUGACCACAGGCAGUCUCUGAGCCAAGGCCCUCUCUCAGCAUCAGCAUGGACUCCAGGAUCUCAUCUGCUAAGGGCUGGUUCAGCAGCCACCCUCCCACUUCUGAGCCUGACCUGGAGCCUGCUACAGAUGGGCCAGCUUCUGAGACCACCACCCUCAGCCCAGAAGCUACCAGCUUUAAUGACACCAGAAUCCCUGACGUGGCUGGUGGCACAGCCGGUGUGGGCACGAUGCUUCUGUCCUUUGGGAUCAUCACAGUGAUUGGCCUGGCUGUGGCCAUGGUUUUAUACAUCAGGAAGAAGAAGAGGCUGGAGAAGCUACGCCACCAGCUUAUGCCUAUGUACAACUUCGACCCCACGGAGGAGCAAGAUGAGCUGGAGCAGGAGCUGCUGGAGCAUGGGCGGGAUGCUGCCUCCAUGCAGGCUGCCGCCGCUGUGCAAGCCAUGCAGGGCAAGACCACUCUCCCUUCUCAGGGCCCGAUGCAGAGGCCCAGCCGGCUGGUGUUCACUGAUGUAGCCAAUGCCAUCCAUGCAUGAGUGGCCUGGGGACAGGCCUGGACCUCUUAUGAAGAUACCUGCCACAGUGCCCACAGAGCUGCCCACUCCAAGAUCAUUAAGACCUACUCUCAGGACCUGCUCUGCCAAGGCCUCAGCUGUUUUGAGGACCCACCUGCCAACUCUCCAGGCCCUAAGAGAGGCCCCUGGCCUAGUUGGGCAUAGGGCCUCUGACAUCCCCCGAUCUGAGGGCCCUGGCGUGGAGAGCAUCCCUCAUGUCAGGAAGAUGGAGAGCCACUGCUAGCUUCCUUGUGCUCUUCCCAGAUCCCUCACAUCAGGGUCUGCUCCUCUGAUGUGGAGGAAGUGGAGGGAGGCGUGGGAUGGGAGGGGAAAGGGGAGGAGGGGGAGUUUACUUCUGUCAGCGAGAGACCUAUCUUUGGAAUCUGGAGCCUCCUCUAGGGUGGGGAGAGGCAACAACCCAGGUCUGGGGGACAGGGUAUGGGGGCACCCUGGGAGAGGCUCGGUGAUAGAGCUGAAACUGCCCAGCUGGCAAGGAUGCCAAAAGGAGGGAUGCUCGUUCCCAAGGUCCAUCCAUAUUAUAGCGAGUCCGUGAGGUCUUCCAGCACCCCCUCCCUGGCAGCUGGCUGUCUGCUGGGCCCAAGCUUUGAUGGGAGCUGAGGGGGAAGGGCGGAGGGGAGCAGGUGUGGAGAAAUGCUGUGCUCAGACCUUCUGGAAGGCCUCAUGCACCUGCGUGAAUGUGCCCACACGCAGAUAUGUGCCUGUCCCAGCACAAGGGGCAGGAUGGAGACUGCUGCAUUGGCUCCACUCUCCAAAUUGACCCCCAUCCCCAGGGGUGUGGAAGAGUGCUGUAUAGACCCUCUUCUCUGCCUUCAUCAUUCAGGGACUGAAGGGAGAAGGAAGCAAAGGCAAGGGUCCCACUGUCCACCACAUCUCUUCACUGAGCUCUAGAAGCCAAGUAUCUUGCUUCUGAAACAGUUCCCUGUCUUGGUACACCACAUCUAUUUUGGGGAUCUGGGGUUGGGGAGAGGUUAUUGGUUGAAGGGCAGUGGUCACAGGGCAGUGGUCAGGGGUUGCAGGCUAGUGGAGGAAGUUCUUACUGCCUGACAAGGGGUAGGGUUAGCUCCUUGGGAAGCAGACCAAACAGACUUAGUCUGGUGUGUUUUUUGUUUGUUUAUUUUUCCGUUUGUUUGUUUGGUUAGUUGGUUUGUUUUGGCUGCACCUGUGGCAUGUGUAAGUUCCUGGGCCAGGGAUCGAGCCUGCAUCACAGCAGCAUCCCCAGGCGCUGCAGAGACAAUGUUGGAUCCUUAACCCCCUGCACCACGAGGGAACUCCAAACCUAGUCUCUUUUGAUCAGACCACCCACCUACCCAUUGUCUACCCACCCCAUGCCCCUCAGGAAUUCUGCCAGUCUGGGAUAUCUGAGCAAGGCACUGGGCCAAGCCAGACCCCCAGAGCUGGGCCUGCAUGCGCACAUGAGUCUGCAUAGGGCACACCCCUGUGACUAGCCUCACCACCCUUGCUGUCCUCUGCUGGUUGGAGGGGACUCAAGGGCGGCAUGUGCAAAACUUCUGUUGGCAAAUACCACGUGUCAGGAUGUGAGGGCCUAGGAGGCCUGUGUGGGGAAGGUUCUGGAUUUAUUCCCUCCUCUAGAUGCUAUAAAUACAUUAGCAUUUGAGCCAACUGGAGGGCUGCGGGUAAUUUAGGAUGCACAGAAGCUGUAAUUUAACUCACAGCAACUCCAUGUGAGAGCAUUAAAGAUGUAAUUAAGAUGUUUACACAAA